AUAGGCAGAGGCACUCAAUGGGCUUUACAACAGCUAACAGCUGCCAUUGUAACACAUCAAUUUCCCCUCAAUACAUCUAUAUUUCCCAGGACGGAGGUACGUGUGCUUUUGCUUUCUGCAAUUGCCCUGGUGUGAGUCAGCUCCGUCUCCCUCCACACCUCCUCCUUCCCCCUUCCCCUAAUAUGGCCAGGAACGGCGGGUAGGCGUGGCGACCUGCCUCGGCGGUGCUGAAAGACAGCUCCCAGCUUCCGAGGGUGUGGGUUGUCGCUCCGCCGCGAUCUCAAGACUUCUCCCUGUACAUCAUGAGUCCAGCGGCUCCCGGAGCGGCGCCAUGAAGCGCCAGAACGUGAGGACCCUCGCCCUCAUUGUGUGCACCUUCACCUACCUGCUCGUCGGAGCUGCCGUCUUCGACGCGCUGGAGUCCAAGCAGGAGACCUCGGAGAAGAAGAACCUGGAGGAGAGAAGAUUCGAGCUCAUGAAUAAAUACAACCUGAGCGAGAAGAAAUACGAGGAACUCGAGCUCGUUGUCCUGAGACUCAAACCGCACAAAGCUGGGGUCCAGUGGAAAUUCGCUGGAUCCUUUUAUUUCGCCAUUACUGUGAUCACAACUAUCGGGUAUGGCCAUGCUGCUCCCAGCACUGAUGGAGGGAAAAUUUUCUGUAUGUUUUAUGCUCUGCUUGGGAUCCCACUCACCCUGGUCAUGUUUCAAAGCAUGGGAGAACGAAUCAAUACAUUUGUCAAGUACCUCUUACAUAGAAUCAAGAAGUGCCUGAGGAUGAAACGAACAGAAGUCUCCAUGGCAAACAUGGUCAUCAUUGGCUUUUUCUCCUGCAUUAGCACCCUGUGUAUUGGGGCUGCCGCAUUCUCAUAUUAUGAGGAUUGGACAUUUUUCCAUGCUUAUUACUAUUGCUUCAUCACACUCACUACCAUCGGUUUUGGGGAUUAUGUGGCUCUACAGAAGCACGAUGCUCUUCAAAAGAACCCUCACUAUGUGGCGUUUAGCUUUGUCUACAUUUUGACAGGCCUCACAGUAAUUGGAGCAUUCCUCAACCUGGUAGUUCUGAGGUUCAUGACGAUGAAUGCAGAAGAUGAAAAACGAGAUGCAGAGCAGAAAGCCUUGCUAAUAAGAAAUGGACAAAGUACCAUCCGUACAACAGAAACUUCUGGCAACUUCCGCAACAUGUAUGCAGAGGUUCUUCAUUUUCACUCCAUGUGUUCAUGUCUCUGGUAUAAGAGUCGUGAAAAGUUGCAUUAUUCAAUUCCUAUGAUCAUCCCCAGAGAUAUAUCCACAUCCAACACUUGCAUUGAACAGAGUGAUGCAUCUCCCAAUAGGCUUCCUGAAAAUUUUUCAAAUGGUUGUGUGUGUAAUUUGCACAGAUCUACGAUUAGCUCCGUGUCUACAGGACUGCACAGCUUGUCUGCUGUCAGAGGGCUAAUGAAAAGAAGAAGUUCUGUGUAAUAAGGAUUCAUUCAGAAAUUAAUGAACGUUGUGUAUAAAAUUAACAGUGUCUAGAAGUUAGGAAGUCGAUCGAUCCACAUCCAUUUUGUUUCAUAUCUCACCUGGUGAAAAUCACUAGAUGUUUAUUCAAAAAAAAAGUGGCAUGAAAACAUAUCAGUUAUGGCGUUUGCUUUGAGAUUAAAACUCAUAAGUUUGACAAAAAAAACUGCAAACAAGCUGUAUAAUGUGCAAACACAGGAUGGAAACUUUGUUUUAAAAGAACACCUGUCUCUGGAAAUGGACCUAGAAAACUGCACCUUGUCCUAAUUAAAUACCACCUGGGAUAAAGAUUUGACACUGAGUCAACUGUAUUUAUUAAAUACCCUGAUUCAAUGAAUCACCCAUAGUAAACAGGUUUAAAGGUCUCAAAUUGCUUGUAAUGUUAUUUAAUGGUAAUACUGCUCACAGAAAAUGAGUAGUGUUGUUAUGCAGUUCAGGAUAUUCAAAUCUGUCAAAGCCAAAGCUGGUGUCAAAAUAUUUACUUUUAAUACCAGAGAGUGGGAACUUGGAAUAAAUCCUGGAAAUCAAGAAGUGGCAGGAGUCAGGAACUGAAGGCAAAAGUCAGUGUGAGAGUAACUGAUUUGAAACAGAGUUAAUUCCUAAUAUCUCAGAAAAUCUGACCAUUUAGCAUAUGUUUUCCCAAUUAACUCCUAAUAUGGCAGAGUGCGCUAUGCAUUUUACAAGAUCCAUUUUAACUCCCAAUAUGAAAUGCACCAGCAUUUUGCGCAUCAUUUGCUGUACCUCAUAAAGAGCAAUAUGGCACUAACCAGCAGAGAGGCCCACAUACUUGGGCUGCAGUAACACCUCCACUGAUCCAAUUUUCAACCAGGAUUCAGCAGCCACUCUGCGCAGUCCAGCCUCUCCAUUGAGAGGGCAGAGACAUCGUGUCAAGACUUUAAGAUGAAAAAUGGUCACUGAAAAGAGAUAAUGACAACCUGUUUCAUACAUCAAGUAGCCAAAACGUUCAUGAAAGAAAGAGGGAAAAGAGUGAGGAAAAAAGAAUUGAAACUAUCAAAGUGCUGGAAUAGCUGAUAGGAAUAGUAAUUCAGUGAAUAAUGUUUUUUAUGUUUUUACAAUGUGCUACACGUUCAAUGCACAAUAUUGAGCAGGUGAAUUUAGGAAGCAAGGUGAUAUAAUCAACAGCAUUUUGCAAAUUUCCUCAUAUAACAAAGGUUGAGCUUAGUAAAUUGCCAUUAGAUUGUAUUAACCAUUUAAAUUAUUAGAUGAAAUAAUAACUCAUUGCUGACUGGUUCAGUCCAACUCCAAUCAAAAUGACUUCUCUUUUUUUUCCUGAACAUGAUUGAAUGCUUCCCCAGUUUGUCAAGAAUACCACUUUCCUUAGUUUUUCUGCCCAAUAAUUUUCCACUACAGAUUAGAUUAACUUGUUUGAUUAUUCAUCCUUGUUACACAAUGGGGGACUAAUAUUUCAAUACCCAUGGUGCUCAUUUCUGAAUACUUGUUGCCAAUAUAAUUUGUAAAUACAGUCAUUAUAAUAUUGUAACAGUUGAUAUUCACAGGGUCAAAUAAUAUUGCAAUCUGAAGAUAUAUAUAUAUAUUUUAUAUAUAUAUAUACGUAGUCCCUAUGUGCUGUUGCUCAGUAGGGAUAAAAUAAGACUUUGAAAACUAAAAGCAGAAAUUUCUGGAAAUACUCAGAUGUUCAAAAGAGAAAAGACUGAUUAAUGUUGUUUCCAGUGCAUUUUAGAGAUGAAUAGAUCUGCCAUAUAUUACCAGCAUUUUCUCAUUUUAUAUCAGUUUUCAUCUUUUUUUCAUUACUGAAACUUUGGAAUAUUGAGAUAAAGGUAUUUGUGAAAUUGCACCAUGCCAUCUUACCUGAUCAUUGGCAGUUGAUGCCUCAUGUAUGUUGCUACAUGUCUUAAAAUAUUAAGGGUCAUUUCCCAACCUCACGCUGCUGACAGAACAUCUGAACUUCAUAAACCAAGAAGCUCCCUGCAGCACAGACACUGCAAAAGAAAAGCUUCAUUUAGUUCAACUAUUUUUGGUCAUGUAAACAUGACUAACUCACUGGGGGCAUACACUGCUUUCUGAAAGUUAAUAAUGGCAUAUAAUUGGCCUGGAAAUUGGAAUAUAUGGUUGCAAAAUGUUGAGGAAGAGUGAAGAAUUUCUGGUUGAUAAUUUUCUUACUUCAUUAUUUUUUCCCAUUUGGUAACAGUUAGAGUUAUAAUCUAACCAUAGGAAUGACUUCAAUGUCAAAGGCUGGUAAUAGUUAACUUUAAAAUGCAAACUUAAUAAUUAAAAAAUUACCUAUUUUAAUUUUAAGAUGCAGUAAUUUAUGCUAACAGAAUCAUGACCUCCAAAUGAUACAGAUUUUUUUAUUCUAUGUUUGUUAUUCUAUACUAUCUAUAAAGAUUUCUAAUAUCAAUGGAGUUCACCUAAAUUUUGUACAAUAGUGUAAAGUAGGUGGUCAUGAGCUGGUAGACUAUUUUAACUUUAAUUUGCAGAAACUAAAGUUAGAGAGAUGUAAAAUGGCCUGCCGACUCACUGUUAUCCCAUUGUACAUGAUCAUUCAAGGUUGAGUUCUACCACAAUGCCUCUAAAAAUAGAUGAUAAUGCAUUGAGACCCUGUCAGUGUUAGUCAGUGCUAAUUUCCCUUUUAGUUGACUUGAUUUAUUGUUAGGCGGCAUUUAGGUUAUUUGGUAGUUAUUUGUGUGGUCAAUAUGUUUAUUUGCAUGAAAAGUCCAGAAAUUGCAUGUUAAAUGAGAUCAUUUAGGUAUUUUUGUAAUUUUGGAACUCUGGCCCGCCUUUUCCUAUCACAUACAGAUUGUAAUGUAUUUGUGCAUUUCCAGCAUUUUUUAAACUUAUUUCUUUGCAUAAAUCUAAAAAUGUUCUACAAAUAUCAAGAAAUUAAACAACUACUUUGCAAAUUGAAACAAGCGCACUAAUAUUUAGUAAUAAACAAGUCAUUUAGUAUUAAUAAACUUAAUGUUUCAUCAGGUUUAACAUACACAUUAAAAAUAAAAGAGAAAACAAUACACUGGCCUUCUCAGUGUGGCAUUUGCAGAUGGUUGCAAUAGUAAAUGGCUAGACUUUUAAAAAUGGCACAUCUUUGUGGAUUUGGGGAUUGUUUCAUGGAGUUUGUAGGAGCAGGGUGGGACAUGGGGGAGAGCAGGGUUAGAAUCAGAAGAGAAGGCAAGGUUGGUGUGUCUGUUGUCUUCCCACUGACAGGGCAUUUACUAACAGUAAGGAAGGUGAAGGCUGGCCUUCUCGACCAGAGGUAAACUGUGUCACUUGUGCAGCCAAUGCCUUUGCCUGCAUUCCACCAAUGACAAGUGGGUCCCCCACCACAUUGGGAGACUGCAUGGCGAAAUCUGGCAGCUUUCCCCAAGGCUUGAUGAGGAUAGAGCCUCUCAGUUGUGGUGGUUCUGCUAGAACCCCCAAUUGUCCGGCAGCUCUUAAAGGCAGGGUUUCACCUCUUAAAAUGACAGAAGCCCUGAUGCCAGCUAAUUUGCUAUUAGAUGGACAGAAAAUACAGUUGGCAUCCGAGGAGCAGGAAAAUCGACAUUUCAGGCAAAAGCCCUUCAUCGGGUGUUUUUCCAGCACCACUCUAAUCUUGACUCUAAUCUCCAGCAUCUGCAGUACCCACUUCUGCCCAGAAAAUACAGUUGGCCUUCCCCAUACGGCCAAGUCAAGGUUGUACCUGGCUUUUCAUCCCACUGUCAAGGCCAAUGCUGUCCUGACUUUGUCCAAUCUUGGAAUGAAUACAUAAAGCCCACCUAAAUAUCAUUGGUACUGCUUCAUACUUAUAGAUGAAUGCUGGCACAAACGUGCACACAAUGGUGUUGUACAUGCCAAAUAUUUUGGAAAACUGCUUUCAUGCCCUGAGGUCAAAAUCAAAACCAAUAUUCUCUCCAAUCCAAGCUUUAUUUGUACACUUGCCUCAUCAAGAAAAUGCAAAGUCUUACUCUUCCUACCACAAAAAUGUGGAUUUAAAUAUUCUUGAGGCAUUCCCAAGUCACAGUGUAUGAUUUUGUCUCAGUGGCAGAUUAUAAAAACAUUUAUGUUUUUAUGAUUUCUUAACUUUCUGUCUCUGGUACUCACUGGGACUUGCAGUGUUGCAUACCUAUUUUCUAGAUUUUGAGGACCAACUCAAUGGUAGAAUCAAUACGUCACAAUGCCCUGUUUCACAAAUAUAAAUCAGGAGGAACAGUUUUUGUACAUAUGCAUGUAAACUAAAAGCCAGACAUUGAAUGCAUUGUAUAAGUAAGAUAUCCUUUGUUGAUUUGAAGUUUUUAGCUGCAUGAGCAGUGAUUGACCUAAACGUAUUUGGGAUCACAGUCAUGUACAUCCUGCAUCCUUAAACAGGUCUUGUUCUUAAUCUCUUGAAUUUAAAUCAGAAAAAAUAGUUUUCAUCUGACAGUCUGCCGCUUGCACUGAAUUGCAACUGUUGUUGCAUGACUUAUCUUGCAAAGUCAAAUUAUAAGUAUCUUAUUCUGUGGGAUUGCAUUUCUUUUUUGGUGCAUUUCUUUAAUGCAUUUCUUGUAGCAGGGUUUUCAGAUCCACUAAACAUUUAUUAAAACUGUGAAUCAGUUGGAACAUGUACCUGCUUUAUGGCCAGGGAACAAAAAAAAUGUUCCAAGUUAGGGCAGCACGGUGGCUCAGUGGUUAGCAUUGAUGCCUCACA